AUGUCAGCUCUCGUGGAUGGAGAUCCCAGAUUCAAUCCCCUUCAUGGGAACCCAUUCAAGACAAGAGAUGACGUUGCCAAUGCAGUUAUUUCUCUGUUUGAACCUUUGCUACCUGCCUUCUCAGAAGGGAAUGCUCGUGUUCAAAUCGAUGCAUCCACAUCUACAUGGGACCGGGCAGCAUGCGAUUUAGAGGGCUACGCCAGACCUUUGUUCGGAAUUGCGCCUCUGGUUGCUGGUGGAGGAAAAUUCGAUCAUUGGGAUAGAUACAGAGAGGGACUCAAGAAUGGCACAGAUCCACAACAUCCGGAGUAUUGGGGACCCGUACCGUCCAUGGACCAAAGGCACGUCGAGGCAGCUGCUCUCGCAUAUGCCAUCUUGCUCGCCCCCGAUCAGUAUUGGAAGCCACUUGACGAUGCAGUGAAGACCAAUGUUAGUAAAUGGCUUUUGCAGAGCCGGAGCGGAGAGCAUGGAUCGAAUAACCAUAAAUAUUUCCGAAUAAUGGUUGAUCUUGCCUUGGAGAGUGUCGGUGUCGAAGUUGACACCGCCGGAACGAAUGAGUACUUGGACGAUAUGGAAAGUCUCUACAUAUCAGAUGGAUGGUAUCGUGAUGGAGAAGACGAAGGUGAUACGCGUCGCAUUGAUUACUAUAAUCCCUUUGCGAUGCACUACUACGGGCUAUUUUAUGCCGUCCAUCGGUCUUCAGAUAAGGUACGUGGUGACCGGUUUAAAGAGAGAGCGCGAGAAUUCGCUCCCGUUUUCAUGCACUGGUUCUCAGACUCUGGUUCGAAUGUCCCCUACGGCCGGAGUUUGUCAUAUAGACAAUGCGUUGCCGCUUAUUGGGGGUAUUUGGCAGUGGCUGGUGUUGAGGCAUUACCUUGGGGCGUCAUCAAGGGCAUAUAUUUACGCAAUCUUCGAUGGUGGGCAGCGCAGCCCGUCUCACGACGUGACGGUAUCCUGACACUUGGCUACGCAUACCCAAAUCCAUUCAUGGCGGAGAGAUAUCUAUCGACCGGUUCGCCAUAUUGGGCCAUGAAAGCUUUCAGCCCAUUGAGUUUGUCGGCAGAUCAUCCAUUCUGGACAGCUGAAGAGCUUCCCAUGCCUCCGCGUCCCUCAAUAGCUACAUUUCAAGUGCCAGGCCUUGCGUUCAUGCAUACGCCUGGCCAUACGAUCAUGCUCAACUCUGGACCCGAUUCAAAUAAAGCUAUGCGCUUUGUACCCGAGAAAUAUCUCAAAUUUGCAUAUUCGACUCGGUACGGAUUCUCGGUGGAGAGCGACAGCCGGGGAUUUGAGGUCGGUGCCUUUGAUAGCAUGAUCGCACUGAGCGACGAUGGUAUACACUAUAGAGUUCGAGAACAUUGUGAAACGGCUAGAAUGGCUGGAAGCAAGAUUUAUUCGCUAUGGCGUCCGUGGUCUGACGUUGUAGUUGAAACUUGGCUCAUUCCAUAUCCGGACUGGCAUGUCCGCAUUCAUCGCAUUCAAUCUCCACGAAGGCUUACAACUAUUGAAGGUGGAUUUGCAGCACCAAGAGUCGAUUUCAACUCUGAUGAGACUCACGAAGACAACGGCCUUGCUUAUGUAUUAUCUACGACUGGCGACUUCAGUGGCAUACUGGAUGUCUCUUCAUUGGCCAAGCGGGUUGGAAGGGUCACCAAACCUCACGGCAAUACCAGUCUUAUGUUCCCACGCACACUUGUUCCCCAACUCAAAGGGACAGUUGAGGCAAAUGAGACCCAGAUUUUUGCUUGCGCAGUUCUUGCAGGCCCAGAUGGCAUGGCAGUCAAAGAGCGUUGGUUACAUCCACCACCAAUUCCGACUCUCAACGACCUCGAGCGAAUAUUCCAAACUGAGGGAGUAGAUAUUGAGAUUGUAAAGCAUUAUUCUCGUCAAGGGAAAUAA